CACGCUUGAGACAGCAUUUGUCUCGAGAUCGCGCGGGUAUGAAGCGCGGAUGCUGCCAAAGGUUGAAUCAGCAAGCGCUUUUUGCCUGCGUUAUCUGCGCUGUCUGGCCUUUCCCCUCUCCCAAGCUACGUUAAUAGCGCACUGCCGCCGCCAACACAUUAGGCUCAGACCAAACGGCAACACCACGCUACGAAUCUGAAGCAGCUGCCUCGUCAGCCACGUGAGUUUCCACAAGAAGCCCCCAGCCGCUCUUUGUCGCAACGGGGGCUCGAGCGGCCAGCGUCAUCCGCUGCUCCUUCUCCCUCGUGUGGCACCAACACCCGGCCAACCUCAGGUUCCACCUUCGCGUUUCUCUCCUCGGCGCCGUACCUCGUUUGCCGCUACUUAUGUUGGCCGGAGCAGCGCGCCGCAAGGGCCAGCAGCGCUUCUCCGUGCUGCUGCUCCCUUCCUGAUCACCGACUGCACAGCCACCCACCCUUUCCGUCUCGCCUCGCCUCGCCUCGCCUCACCUCGCCUCGCCUCGCGCCUCUCCGCGUCUGCCGCUAGCCGCUAUGUUGUCCGGAGCGGCGCGUCGCAAGGGCCAGCAGCGGUUCUCGCUCCUCCUGCUGGACGACGGCGACCACUACAUCACGGACUGGGUCGCCACGUGUCACCUCGUGGAUGGCCAGCCGCGCGUGCUGGCGGGCGGGCGGCUGCGGCUGUGCAUGAAGUCGCUCUUCUUCGAGGCGCAGGACCCCGCCGUCCCCAUCUUCAUGUUCCCCAUGCCGCACCUCCUCCUCGCCUUCCACCCCGCCUCUAACCGCCGCUACACGUCUCAGCUCGGCGCCAGGCUAGCGGCAGAGGGGCGCAUUCGAGGGGAGUGGGCGGGGGAAGGGGCGGGGGGUGGCGGGGAAGAGGGAAGCGGCGGAAACGGGGGGGAUUGGGAAAGGGGGAGAGGGCGGAGGGGCGAUGGGGGGGUGUUAGGGAAUGCGGAUGUGGUGUACGUGACAACGAGCAUGUACGUGAAGAUGAAGGCAGGCGGGCAGGACGUGCCGUACGAGUUUGAGAAGAAGGAGCUCGACGAGGGCGACCUGCCGUCCACGUGGGCCUUCUCACUGGACUACACGUCCACCACCCGGUUGCUGGACGAGGCGCUGCCGGUGCUGGGCGUGCAGCUGCUGCCCUAUGAGCAGCGCGACAUGGAGGUGGCGCGCCGCCUCUCCCUCAUGGAGGCCUCCGCGCCCUUCGACGUCAGCCGCCUCGUGGACCUCUCAGAGCACAUUCUGCUGGACUGCCUGGCCAGCCAGGUUCGACCUCUGGUUCGGGAGCCAGGUCGCCUUGUGCUCACCCAGCAGCGGCUCUACUUCCAGCCUUUGCACGCCAUAAGCAGUGAGAGUCCUCUUCGCAUCUUCCCGCUUCCUCUCCUCCUCUCCGCUGCGCGCCGCCGUCACUCCCUGCGCCCUCGCGGCCUUGAAAUAUUCUUCUCCUGCCCGGGCCAAUCGCACCAUGCCAGCUCAGCAGGAACAGGGGGAGGAGGGCUCGAAGGGGGAAGUGGCGCUGGUGGGAGAGGAGGGGGAAGCAUGAGGAGCGGGGGGAGUGGGGGAAGUGGGUUGAGGGGAGGUGGAGGGCCGUUGGGGGAUGGGAGCAGUGUGUUCUUUGUGUUCAACUCGGAGAAGGAGCGGGACCGAGCUGCGGACCUGCUGCUGAAGCUGCUGGGAGAGCCUCAGGGUCCAUCCAGCCCAGCAGCAGUGGCAGCAUCGUUGCUGGAGGCUCACACACACGCACUGCAGGCCGUGACAGGGCUGUGGCAGGCGGCGCGCAUCUCCAACCGCGACUACCUGCUCUUCCUCAAUUUGGCGGCGGGGCGCAGCGAGUGCGAGUUGGCGCAGUGGCCCGUGAUGCCAUGGGUGCUGGCGGACUACGGCUCGCAGCACCUCACACUGGACGACCCCACCACCUUCCGCGACCUCUCCAAGCCUGUCGGUGCUCUCAACCCGGCACGCCUAGCAGAGUUCAAAGAGCGGUAUAGCGAGAUGCCUCGAGAAGAGGGUGGGUCAGAGCGCGCCAAGCCGUUCCUCUACGGCACGCACUACUCCACCCCGGGCUAUGUACUCUAUUGGCUCGUGCGCUCUGCACCAGCGCACAUGCUGCGACUCCAGAACGGCCGCUUGGACUCGCCGGACCGCCUGUUCACGGGGCUGCAGGAAUCGUGGGAGAGCGUGCUGGGCAACGCCACGGACGUCAAGGAGCUCAUCCCGCACUUCUUCUCCCUCCCCGCGCACUUCCUCCGCCUCCCUUCGGACCUCAAUCUUGGCACGCGCCAAAACGGAGUUCCUAUCGGCGAUGUGGAGCUGCCGCCCUGGGCAAAGGACGCAGAGGAUUUCAUUCUGAAGCACGUGCAGGCACUGGAGUCAGAGUGGGUGUCGGCGAAUCUGCACCAUUGGAUUGACCUGAUCUUCGGAUACAAGCAACGGGGCAAGGCAGCGGAGGAGGCGGACAAUGUGUUUCACCCGCUGACGUACGAGGGGGCAGUGGACCUGGACUCGCUCAGCAGCUUCGUGGAGAGGAGGGGCUUCGAAACACAGAUCAACGAAUUUGGGCAGACACCUCGCCAGCUGUUCCUGCAUCCCCAUCCCCAGCGCCGCCCACACUCCUCACCCGUCCUUCCAUCACCCACCUCUCAUCUCUCCUCCACUGCUGUUGACCUCCUCAUGCGCCUCCUGGCGCUCCUGCCCACUGCUGCUGCUGCUGCCCCUGCCCCUGCCCCUACCCCUGCCACUGCUGCUGCUGCUCCUGCUCCCGCACCUUCUGCUGCUGCUACUGCUUCUGGUGCUGUUGCUGGUAGUGGCGCUGCCGCUCGGGCUACUGGUGCCACUAUUGCUGCUGGUGGGACGGAGGCGACUGAUGCCACAAGUGGUACGGGUGGCACUGCUGCUGGUCCGGCCACUGGUGGAGCUGACGCUGCUGGUGGAGGUAGUGGUCGCACGGAUCCUGUUGCCGUCACUGAUGGUAUGACUGACGCCCAUGCAGUCGCAGCAGCAGCAGCAGCAGCAGCAGGAACAGUUAGCAUUAGUCACAGCAAGGGCCGGAAUGUGGAAUCUGCAGCAUUCAUGCCAGCAGCACCUCAAGCAGCAGGAGAGGAACCAGCAGCACCGGCAGCACCGGAUGCUGCAGUGCCAGGAGCAGGUGUGAGAUUGGAGCCAAUGGAGGAAGAAGCCUCACUAGCAGCACCACCAGCAGCCACUGGCCCUCCUGGUCCAACUAAUUCGGAUACAACGAGUGCAGAACGCCACAGCGCCGCGACGCACAGCACAGCGGAGGACAGAGGCGCGAGUGGAGGUGCAGGCGCUGUCACAGGUGGCAUGGGACCGGGAAGGGAAGGCAGUAUGGAGCCGGAGGAUGCAAGCGGGAGGCUGAAGGCGCUACAGGGGGCUGUGGGGCUGGGCAGCUUCAACGCCAGGCGAGCGGGCCAGGGGAGGGCUGCUGCACGUGCUGUGGGAGCCGCAGUUGCUGCUGUGGGAGCAGGUUCCAUGCCCGAGCUGGCAAGGGGGGCAGCGUUGAGGGAAGGCGAGGAGAUGGCGGCGCUGAGGGAGUGGCUGGACGAGGCUGGCGCGGGGCGAGGUGGGGACGAGGAGGACGCGGCCUGCUCUCCGCCCUUCUCCCCAACUGCCCCCUUCCCUGCCUUCGAAUCCUCUGCUCUGGACCUCGGCACUGGCAUGAGCACCGCAAGCGAUGGGAGCAGCGAGACGAGCAGCAGUGGGGGGGGAAGCAUAGGGAGCAGCAGAACGAGUAACGGGGCAGGCAGUGCAGUGAGCAGCAGGGCGAGUAGCAAAACAAGUAGCCAAGCGGGCGAUAGAAGCAGCAGUGAGGGAAGAAGUGGCAGGAGGGCGAGAGUUAGGCGGGUGAAGGCGCAUCGGGGGCCAGUGGUAGCGGUGGCGCUGUCCGAGCAUGCAGAGUCACGGGGUAUGCUGCUCACCACGGCAGGCGCUGAUGGCAUGGUGAAGGUCUUCUCAGUGGAGUCGCAGCAGCAGCUGAGGUCAGCGCGCGUUGGCAGCCUCCCAUUGGCCAGCAUGGCGCUGCUGCCCCCCCCCCCUCCCACUGCUACCCAUCUGUCCUCGUGGGCUCCUCUGACGACCAUGUGUGGCUCUACUCACCCGACUUCGGCCGAUGCCUCUCCAAGCUGCACGCACACGAUGACACGGUGUCAUGUGUGCAGGUGAGCCAGUGGGGCGGCGACACGUGUCUGUUCACGGCGUCGUGGGACUGCACGGUGAAGCAGUGGACCAUGUCCCGCUCGCCCUUCCUCUCCGCCUCGCCCUUCGCCUCCUUCUCCUCCUCCUCCACCCACUCCUAUGGCGGCUUCCACACAACAGUCCACCCCCCUCCACUAGCGGAGCUCAAUCAGCACGAUGCACCAAUCACAACGCUCCAAGUGGCCAUCCCUGCCACGUCAGCAUGGCCCCUUGCUGCCUCGGGAUCAGCCAAUGGCUCUGUGCUGUUGUGGGACAUGCGAGCACCGCCCUCUGCGUCUGUCCCCUGGAGGGGUCUCCUCUCGCCCCUCACCGGGCCGACAACUUCACUGGCGGUGACUGGGCUGGUGUUUUCAUAUGGCGGGCUGCACCUGACCGCUGCUGACUCCACAGGGGGGCUGAGAGUGUUGGAGAUGCGCAUGGGCGGCGCUGAGCUGGCAUCUCAACAAUGUCCAGGUGGCGGCCUCACGUGCUGCCAGCCUCUCGGUGACCAGUCCGUCCUCGCUGGCAGUGACUGGGGCCAUAUCUUCGCAUGGUCGUGGGCAUCGGGGCUGGAGCCGCCCCAGCCUCUCUCCAAUGGCGCCAUGCAGAAUCACGGUGCAAGGGGCUAUGGAGGGUGCUAUGGGAUUCUGGCAGCACAGCAGCAUACUGUACAGUCUUCAUCAAAGAGAGCUGAGGGCUUGAGCUUCUUUUCUGUGCCGGUCAGCUCUUCAGGCGUAUCUUCGCUUGUUGCUGCACAAAGUGCGAAGGGCUCCAGAACGAUGGUUGCAGGUUGUAAAGAUGGGGCUGCAGCCUUGAUAAUCUGACUAGAUGCCAGCAGACAGGGCGCCGAAACAAGUUGGUUCUGGGUAUGGUGCGUUGCCAUGCAUGGUCCACUGAUGAUAUGGGUGAGAAUCUCCAUCCCCGAGAGGUUUCUGUUAGGGUGGAUACCGCACGCACGCUAUGAGCGGUUGUGAAGGUUUCCGCAAGUUGUGGAUGUUUGAGAUCGACAUUGCGCUUUUCCCUUGGCAGCUGCAACGUGGUUAUCCAUCGAUCAGAAUGCAGUGUUACCAUCAGACAAGCAACACCCCAGGCAUCAAGAGGUCAAUACGUAUGCCAAACUGUCUAGGCUCGUGUAACUAACCAACAACCAUCUGUGCUUGUGGAACUCGGCAGUGCCCUUCUUGUCAACUUAUACAUUCGCUGUGCAUGUAUAGUUAUAGGCUAGACAGGUUCGUGCUCCUAGAGAGUACAAUCCAAACCCUUACAUCACCCUGUAUGUUCAUGCUA